GAUAGCCGGCGCAUGGUAUGCCCACAGGGAGACUCAUUUGAAGAUGCUACGGAUGUCGUGCGGGAACUUAAUAAAAUAGUGAAUAACUAUUGGAGAGGCCCGUGGAUUAGUUACAGUAGCGCGCCAAAAGAAGUAAAAGACUUGUGGUGGAACGAGUUCAAGCGGAAAUUCAGCUGGGAUAAAUCGCAAGAUAGUGAAAUUAGAAGAAUAUUUAAGAAAAAAGCUGGUGAUCACAUCCGCAAUGUGAUGAAUAAAGCAAAGACAAAAAAGGUGAAGCCACACUUUAUUACUGGUGAAGAUUGGACCGAAAUGAACAGAACUUGGGAAGGGGAAAAAAUGAAGCAAAGGAGUGAACAAAAUGCCAAGAAUCGAGCUUCUAGAUCUAGUGAAGGGUCUUCAACGUCUGCAACAUAUGCUGGGGGUUCUAUUAACAUUGGGGAGCAUAGAAAGAGAUUGGCACAUGAUUUGGGGACCGAAACGACGUAUGCAGCUACAUUCGAACGCGUUUUUCAAAAGAAAGAUAAGACGUGGGUUGGCGACCGAGCGAAAUCUGUUAAGGAAAAAUAUGAUGAGCUUUUAAUGAGUGCGGCUAGUGGCGAUGAUGGUGGGGAUGCGUCGAGCCAAGCAGCCGACAAUAUGGCAAUGUGGGUGGAGGCGUCUGGUGGGGUGAAGCGAGGAAAAAUAUAUGGGUGGGGGAACUUGUCAAGGGAAUUGGUCGCAAAGGAUGAUGGAAGUUCAUCCUCCAAUGCGGCUGCUUCAAGGAGGAGACGAAUCGAUGAGGAAACGGCACAACAAGUGAGCCGACUGACACUUUUGCUUGCAGAGAAGGACGAACAAAUGAAACGGCAAGAAGAACGAUUGUCACAGAAGGAUGACCAAAUCAGAUAUCUGCAGGCUCAAAUGGCAAUGGUCUUGCAAACCUCAACAUAAAUCCAGCUGAGGUUCCUCCUAUACCUCCGGAGCAGCGCAAUGAUGAUGACAUUGACGCUGAGGAUC